UUGAACGCUGAGCUCGAAAAUACGCGGCGCGUGGAAAUAGCCACGAUAGAAAUACUAGCACGUGAUGUUACGUACCUCGUACGGUCGUAUGGAGAAAAUCGAUGGUGCUCUUUCGGCGUCCGGUGCCUGACUGAGCCAGUGUGUCAGCAGAACGCGCCGCGCGGUGCUCACUCGCCUGACGCGGAUGAUCGCGAUCUUUGUUGGUGUUGGAUUGGACGCGUGCUUUCCACUCGACGUUCGACGGCGGACUGGCUCGGCCUGUUAGCGAUCUCUUCCCCCCGCCGUGACGUAGUUCAGAUGUGGAAAUUAGAAGCUUCCCGAGCGAGGGUCGUCAGAUGUAGGUCACGGGGACUGCACUUGCCCAUUCUACCGUGA